GGAGCGACGGCGCGCGGCGGUGACGCAGGACACGCGCGACGGCCUGAGCGGCGAGGCCAGGGUAGGAGGGGUCCCGGGCGGCGGGGAUCACCUUGAGUGAUGCCCAAGAAGUUCCAAGGGGAAAACACCAAGUCGGCUGCUGCCCGCGUGAGGAAGGCUGAGGCAAAGGCAGCAGCCGAUGCCAAACGGCAGCAGGAGCUGGAAGAUGCCUACUGGAAGGAUGAAGACAAACACGUGAUGAGGAAGGAACAGAGGAAGGAAGAGCGGGAGAAGCGGCGCCUGGAGCAGCUGGAGCGCAAGAAGGAGCUGCAGCGCCUGCUGGAGGAGGAAGACUCAAAGCUGAAGGGGAAGUCACCCAAGCAGGUCACUCCAGGAAAAGUCACCAGGGCCCAGAUCGAGGAGACAAUCAGGAAAGACCAGCAGCAGAAGGAGAAUGCAGAGGCAGUGGAAAAGGAGAAGACUCACUUGGAGGUCCCCUUGGAAGAGAACGUCAACAGAAGGGUACUGGAGGAAGGAUCAGUGGAGGCCAGAACGAUUGAAGAUGCCAUUGCUGUCCUCAGCGUUGCCAAUGACCUGGAUCGGCACCCGGAGCGCCGGAUGAAAGCCGCCUUCACCGCCUUCGAGGAGCUCAACCUGCCACGCCUGAAGCAGGAGAACCCCAACAUGCGCCUGUCCCAGCUCAAGCAGCUCCUCAAGAAGGAGUGGAUGAAGUCUCCAGAAAACCCCAUGAACCAGCGGCACAAGGCUUACAACAGCCAAAAGUAGAACUAGAGCUGAGCAAUCGCACACACCACCACACCCCCACCCCCGGACAGUGGGCAGGAGGCCCCGGGGCUCUGCUCCCAGGAGAACAGGAGACACAAGGAACCUCCUCUCCUUUUGUUUUCCUGCCCCCAGUUUCUGUCUGUUCUUGGAUUUAAGAUAAGCACGAGGCCACAGCUCAGGACCCUGCAUGGUCCUGUCCCCCUGGGCAUGCUGGUGCAGCAUGACCAGGACACACCACUACCACCCUCCUGUCCCCUAAGCCACUUGUCUUACAACAAAAACAAGCUACUAACUCGCUUCCAUCCCUUCAGUGCUCCCAGGGUGCAGCCUCAGCGCUGCUUCCUGCCAAGCUGGGGACCCCCCAGCAACCUUUUCCAGGCUGGACCUCACCCAGACUGCAUCACCCCAACUCUGCCAUUGCUGCGCUGCAUCCUCGUCCUCUGCAGGGUGAGUACUUCUUGCAAGCACCAUGAGGAAGGCACCUGUCCGCUGUUGCUUGUGUCAUCUUGGGUGCUGGGAUGUCCCCACAUUGAUUCCAGACUGGGACUGCUGUUGGCAUUGCCUGCUGCCAGCCACCUCUGGGUCUCAGCUGGAGUUAGAUGGGGAGGAGGAACCACAAUGGGAGCAGAAGCUCCGUCAGCAAAGAGUUACAGGGGAAGAGAGAAAAUAACCUUCCAUCUUCAAGGAGGAAGAGGAGAAAUAGCACAGCGCAAUCCCUGCAGGACACUGGUGUCACACUCCUCUCUUGUCACCUCCCUGGUGGCCUUGCCCAGAGCCUCACAGGUUGCUGGUGGGACAGGA